GCACGAUCUCAGGUCCUAACCGUUGCCUCGGAAGCGAGCCCUCGCCACUCGGCUCUCGAUCACCAUGUCCCCCGCCUCUGAAGUCGAUAUCCCCGUCUUAAUAGUCGGUGCUCGGUCUAUGUUCUCGCUGGAAUGCCCGUUGAAUUUUUGCUAGGUCGGAGCAGGGCCCGUCGGGCUCGUGCUAGCCCUAACGUUGAUCAAGAAUGGCAUCAAAGUGCGCGUCGUCGAGAAGGAAGCAGGAACUCACAAGGGGCAGCGCGGGACAGGCAUCAUGCCUCGCUCGCUCGAAUUGUACCACUUCCUGGGUCUUCUCCCAGAAAUGCUGGAACGUGGUCGGCCAUUGAUCCCCACGCGGGUCUACAAGCUGCCUGGGGGCAACGAGGUGUUGAAGGAGUUCUACUUGGCGGAACUGAAAGAAUCGACACCAUCCACGCCUUUGAUCAACAUUCGUUCGCUUGGGCAAGAUAGACUCGAGAAACUGUUGCAGGAACACCUGGAGAAGCUCGGGUGUCCCGUCGAGUUCAAGACGACGAUGACUGACUUCAGCCAGCUCGAGGACCACGUCGAAGCACAGAUAGUCAAGUCGGGAAUCGACCAGGAUAUCACCGAGACCGUUAAAUGCAAGUGGAUGAUAGGUGCUGAUGGCGCGAAAGGCUCUAUACGCAAGCAGCUGGGCCUACAAUUUAGCGGCGAAACUCGGGGUGUCGAACAACGGUUCGUAUCGGGCGACCUCGAAGUCAAGAACCUAUCCGACGAGUACUGGCACGUCUGGGGGGAUCCCAUGACCAUCCUAGUGUCACUACGGGCCACCGAGACGCCCGGCACCUUUCAUCUGAUCAUGGGCGGGGAGAUUGACCAUGAGAAGGCUGUCUCGGAUCGCGAGGAGCUGGCAAAGGCCGUAAAGGCUGGCACACACAGAGAGGACCUAGAGAUCGGCGAGCCUACGUGGCUGUACGAAACAACGCCAAAUAUUCGGAUGACGGAGAAAUUCAGUAAAGGGAGGGUAUUCCUUGUGGGAGAUGCUUGCCAUGCCCACCCGUUCUUUGGCGCGCAGGGCUCCAACUCCGGUGUGCAGGACGCAUUUAACCUCGCCUGGAAACUCGCGCUCGUCGAGAAAGGGCUCGCCGGACCGUCCCUCCUCUCGAGCUACACCGCUGAGCGCGUGCCUGUCAUCGCGGAAGUUCUGAAACGCACGACAAGCAUCCACGAUAAGACCCAAUUCAUGCGGAACGACGGGAGCGGGCUCGCUGCCUGGGGCCGCGACGGCCCGCUAAAGAUGCUCGGGAUCAACUACCGCUGGAGCAGCAUCGUCCUUGACGAACGUAAUCCCUACAUGGAGAACUGCCCGCAGGAUCCCUAUGGCGUCGAAGCGGGCGAUAUGGUGCGCGCAGGCGAUAGGGCACCCGACGCACCUGGCCUGGUCCCGAUCGAGGGCGGAGAGACGUCUCUGUUCAAGAUCUUCGGACCAACGCGCCACGCGGUACUGCUCUUCGCAGGCAGGGAUUCCGCAGAGGAGGUCGUGCGAGUACUCGGGAAGAUCAAGGAGUAUCCGGCGGACGCUGUACGCUCGGUUGUAAUAUACCCGCGCGGCGCACUUCCAGAAGUUAUAGACGACGCUGACAUGGUCGUGUUUGACUCUGAGCAGCACGCCUUCGUGGACUACUGUUGCUCGGAUGACGACCUCACCGUCGUCAUUGUCAGACCUGAUGGUGUUGUCGGGGCAUCGCGGUACUUCAGAGCUGUCUUCUCUGCACUCAGUAUGUGAUAUUUGGACACGUAAUUUCAUUUGUCGGGCUCUUCAGGAACAAUAUGGCUGUGGGACUAUUAGGAUAGAUACCAUUAUGAUUUGAUUAUGAUUGUUGUUUGUAUUGGCUUACCGGAUGAUCGAUUAUUACAUUCCUUGAAUGCGACUAACG